CAUCUGCGCUUCAUACAGCUGCUCACUUGAACAUUUAAGUAGGUGUGAAGGCUUGAGAAUCGAGAACUGACGCUGUUUACUGCAAUUUCACCAACACGUUUACUCUUGAGCCCAGGAUCGCGUGCAAUUUUGGUCGGACGCCACAUCACAACCAUGUUGCAGCGCGCUGCAUGUCAGCUGCUUCAGGCCUCACGCCUGGUCGCACCCGCGAUGGGCAACCUGGCGCUGCGCGGGCUAUCAGCUGCGCCCCAGCCUGCAGAGGACGCUGAUGCAGGCCCUUCCACCUCUGGCGGCGGCUCCGGGGUGAUUGAGAAGAAGGGCAUCGCCCUGCGCGGCGUGCCGUUAUACCUGGACAUGCAGGCCACCACCCCCAUGGACCCCCGCGUUAUCGACGCCAUGCUGCCGUACAUGACCGAGCAGUUCGGCAACCCACACUCACGCACCCAUCUGUACGGCUGGGAGUCGGAGGAGGCGGUAGAGGAUGCACGCAAGCAGAUUGCCGGCCUCAUCGGCGCCGACCCCAAGGAGAUCAUCUUCACCUCUGGCGCCACCGAGUCCAACAACACCGCCAUCAAAGGAGUGGCCUCAUACUUCAAAGACAAGAAGAAGCACGUCAUCACCACACAGACGGAGCACAAGUGCGUGUUGGACAGCUGCCGCUGGCUUCAGCAGCGUGGCUGGGACGUCACCUACCUGCCGGUCCGGCCCGACGGGCUGCUAGACCUGGCGGUGCUGGAGGCGGCCAUGCGGCCCGACACGGCGCUGGUCAGCGUCAUGGCAGUCAACAACGAGAUUGGAGUGGUGCAGCCCGUGGACGAGAUCGGCGAGAUGUGCCGCAAGCGUGGCGUGUACUUCCACACCGACGGCGCGCAGGCGGUGGGUAAGAUCCCUGUUGACGUGAACAAGAGCAAGAUCGACCUCAUGUCCAUCAGCGGCCACAAGAUCUACGGACCCAAGGGCAUCGGCGCGCUCUAUGUGCGCAGGCGGCCUCGUGUGCGGCUGGAGGCGCUGAUGAGCGGCGGCGGCCAGGAGCGCGGCCUGCGCUCCGGCACCGUGCCCACGCCGUUGGUGGUGGGGCUGGGCGCGGCGUGCGCGGUGGCGGGCCGCGAGCUGCAGGCCGACCUGGCACACGUGCGGCGGCUGGAGGAGCGCCUGCGCACCGGCAUCACCAGCCAGCUGCAGGGCGUGCACCUGAACGGCCCCGCCGACCCCGCGCGCCGCUACCCGGGCAACCUGAACCUGUCGUUUGCCUACGUGGAGGGCGAGUCGCUGAUCAUGGGGCUCAAGGAGAUCGCGGUCAGCAGCGGCUCCGCCUGCACCAGCGCCUCGCUGGAGCCCAGCUACGUGCUGCGCGCGCUGGGCGUGGAGGAGGAGCUAGCGCACACCAGCAUCCGGUACGGCAUGGGCCGCUUCACAACCGACGCGGAGGUGGAACGUGCCAUCGACAUGACUGUGUCGCACGUCAACAAGCUGCGCGAGAUGAGCCCGCUGUGGGAGAUGGUGCAGGAGGGCGUGGACAUCAAGAGCAUCCAGUGGGCGCAGCACUGAGAGGAGCCGGCGCAGCCGUGAGAGGAGCCGGCAGGCGUCAGGAGGCGGGAGGCACGGGUUGGCUGUGUGUUGGCAGGCGUGGCUGGCUUGUGCUGAGGAGGCAGAGGCAGGCAGAGGCGGUGGCCUGCGAGUUGCUUAUUAACAAUGCAGUUAUGCAGCGCAGGGGGCGGCUUGCAUUCACUAAGGAGACUGAAAUAAUUCUUUGGAUGGGAUGAGCAGCAGGCUGCCGGUCAAGCGUAGAGCCGCCGUGACCGAGGGUUAGGCAAGAGUUGCUGUGUCGAGUGAGAGCCGCGCGCGGGCACACCGUGGUGCAUGGAUGAUGACUUCGAUACUCCGCAAAGGCUUACGAGUAGCCGGCUGGCUCGGUCGUGGUUGGUAGCAUGUUCAUGUACAACAUUUGCUUGCCCACACGGCGUCCCCUCUUCAUGGAUGCGUGGCCGCGUGUGUAGCAGCGGCCCUGCCGCUUGUAAUUGAGUGGUCUGAUUCAGGGCGCUGACCCUGACGUUUUGAAUCCGCAUCCAUGCAAGGAA